AUGCGAACAUUGGAAUGGGAUAAUAUGGAAGUGAAAAUCGAUGCUCAGCGGUUACAACAUCUUCGCUUUGCUGAUGACGUCUUCCUUAUAACACCAAACAUUAGCCAAGCGGAACGUGUGCUUGCCGACCUUGAUAAAGGCUGUGGAAAGAUUGGUCUUCGGCUAAAUCUCAGAAGAACGAUGUUCAUGAAGAACGGAUUGCUUUCGCAAGCCCUAUUCACGCUCAACGGAACGAAUAUCUCCAAUCGCUCCAGUUAUAUCUAUCUAGGUCGGGAAAUCAGUAUGAUGAACAACUUAGCUCCAGAGUUGAGCAGAAGGAAACGAGCGGCUUGGGGGGCUUUCAAGAGCAUCGAGGAUGUAGUGAAGAGAACAAAGGACACCCGACUCUGUACCCACUUUUCGACAGAAGGGUACUUCUGUCCUAACCUAUGCGUUAGAAACCUGGUCGCUGCGUGA